UCAGACGGCCUAGAGAGGUGCUGUUCAUAUGUGACUCUGUAGAAGCAUAUUCACUGGAUCUUCCUCCGGCGAGGAGAGGCGGGUGUUAGGGUUUUGCGCCAUCCUCCCGCCGCGGCCGCCCUGUUCCGGUACCAGAUCUCCACGUCCUCCUUCGUCCACCCAUAGCUCGGCCCAGCUCGCGCCGCUGCCGGACGCACUCGCCACAGUCCGCAUCUGCCUCGACGAGGUCUCUGCCCAGCCCGCGGUCAAGACCGCCUCUGCCCGAGCCAGCUCGCCCCCAAACUCGCCCCCUCUGCUAUCAGAAGCUUCUGAACUUGUUCCGAGGUACUCAAAACUCCUAAGAUGGUGGUUGAGGAACAUCCUCAGACCUCUAGGAAGAGGGCUGCAGAUAAACAAAUCAACAAGGACAAUCCUGAGCUUGAUGAUGGCUCACCAGAGCCAGAGGCAAGGACAUUUAAGAAAGCUCGUAAAGAAGUGCUGACAAUCAGAACGACUGUUGAGGUUACAAGCCAGCAGCCACUGCCAGCUCCUUCUUCUAAUCCUUUCUCUGCAAUCAGGUUUACCCCAAGUGAUUCUGGUGUUAAGGGAAGUAUCCCCAUCUCAAAGUCUCCACCUUCUGAUGUCGCGACAACAAAUGUAAAGGGCAGUGGAGCGGGUGACAAAGUCAAUGGUUGCAGCAAUGGCAGUCGAAAAGAUGCUGACAAGAAUGCAGAUUGUAACGAGGCAGCAGAGGUUCAGAAGGAUGAGUCGGGCAUGAAAGAUUUGGAUGCAGAAAAGAAAUCCAAUGUCCCAACUGGAUCAAACUCUCUACUUAUUGGGACUGAUAGCAAGGCAGACAGCACAGGCUUAGGAACUGGUGAGGAUGGAGUGCUGGUUGUAGAACCCAACGAAGAUAGCAGCAAAUCAUGGGGAAUCAAGAGUAAAACAGAAGAUGCGGUUGCUGAAGAGAAAAAGUGUCUGGCCAUGGAUGACAACGGCAAGUCAGCUCAUAUCAUGAAUGAUCUUGCUGAUAGACAUCUUCAGUCAGUUGUUUGCCUAAAAGUUUGGUGGAGGGAUUGGUCUACGGAGGGGAGGAGACCGAUUAUGCCUCGGGCAACAGGUUCCAUCAUUUAUUCAUCUCAGGAGUCCAUGCUAAUUCUCAGCUGCUCUACAAUUUUCAGAAAUUUCACCACAUGCUUUGGUCCCGCAUUUGAUACCAUUGAAAUACUAAAUGAGAAUAUAUUUCUUCAAGUGGACUUCUUUGAUGGGCAUUCAGCUAUGGGCAUGGUUUAUUGCAUCAGUUGGUGGAAAGACUUGUGUCUUGUACUUAUUCCUUUCCCUGAGAGGACCUAUGAACCUGUAAAGUUCAUGGAUGAUGAGAAUUUGAUGGAUCAGUCUAUUUACAAAAGGGGAACAAAAGUGUUCUCAAUCUUUUGUAUACCAAAUGGUCAGAAGAUUUUGUUUGGCACUACCUCAAAUGGUAAAAUAUGUGGCCUCCCAAUAAUUGGCAAUGAUUUGGGUCCAGUUUACGAUCCUGACUUGGAGUUUUUUGAGUUCACUAUGCCGGGGGGAAAGGAGUGUCCUGGGAGACCUGUAUUCACAGAUAAUCUUUUAGUUAUGGGUAUUUGCACUUGUCGAUUUGAUAAAUUGGAGUUUGCUCUUACGCUUGAUCAGAUUCAGCGGUGGCUCCAUGAUUGUUUUGACAUCGAGAUGACAAGUAGUAUGAAUAAAACAGUAGCCAGAUUAUCUAGAAUCAUAUCUAAGCUGCCGGUCCCCAUUUCCCCCACCCCGCAUUCGCCCCGGCAAGGUCUCUACCCAGUCCGCCAUCAAGACCACCUAUGUCCAAGUCAGCUCACCGCCCAAGCAUGCCCAGACGCCCCUCUGCUUCCAGAAGCUGCCAAGCUUGUCCCCAAGUGGCUGACCAUGGAUGACGACCGCAAAUCAGCUCGUAUCAUGUGUGAACUCGCUGAUAAGCAUCUUGAGUCAGUCAUUUCCUUAAAAGUUCAGUGGAAGUAUAGCUCUAAGGAGGGGAGGAAACCGAUGAGGUCUUACGGAACAGGUUCCAUUAUCCACUCAUCCAAAAAGUUCAUUUUAAUUCUCAGCUCCUCUAAAGCUUUGAGAGCUUUCACCACACGCCCUGGCCCUGAUUUUAAUUCAGUUGGGAUGCUAAAUGAGAAUAUAAUCCUACGAGUGGACUUUCUUGAUGGGCAUUCAGCUAAGGGGGAAGUAUACUGCGUUGAUUGGUGGAAGGACUUAUGUCUUGUAUUUGUUCCUUACCCCAAGAAGUCAUAUGUCCCUGUUAAAUUCAUUGACAAUGAGGACUUGAUGGGUCAGUCUUUUUACAAAAGGGCAACAGAAGUGUUCUCAAUUUUCUGCUUCCCCACUUGUCAGAAAGAUGACAAGGUUUUAUUUGGCACUACCAUAAAUGGUAAAAUCUGUGGCGGCCCCGUGAUUGGCAAGGAUUUGGAUCCAGUGUAUGCUCCUGACUUAGAGUUUUUGAGUUUGAUAUGCCGGGGUCACUGGGAUGUUAUGGGGCACCUGUAUUCAAUGAGAGCCAUCUAGUUAUGGGAAUUUGGAUUUGUACGUUUUGUGAGUUCAAAUUUGCUCUCAAGAUUGAUGAGAUCCGGCGGUGGCUGCAUGAUUAUUUUACGAUCAAGCCGACUAGGAGCAUGAAUGAAACAAUAACCAGAGUAUGUGCACGUAUAGUUAAAUCGCGUGCUUAGAGCAAGGGAAACAGAGUCUGUACAAAUGCCACUAAGAAGACCUUCAGUUUAGAAUUAGAUGUUAUACUGACCAAGGCGGCAUGGAAAAGUAACGUUGCCUUUGAGGGAUGUGUUGUUACCUUUUUUGCUGCGGGCUGAUUCUUGGGAAAGUUAAGGGAAUGUUAUACUGUACAAACAGAGUCUGUACUUUCCUUGAUUCUUGGGGAAAGUCAAGGGAAUGCAUAACAGGAUGAGGUAACGGUGUGGUUUACGAACCUUCUGCGUUGUAUUGGGAGCUUACUUGAUUCAGACGGGUGUAAAUAUAGGGCGUGGUUGCUGUAUCCUGUAUGAGACGUUUUACAUGUCUAAUGAUGAUGCCAAAACAAGGAGUCAUCUAUUUUGGAACGGAGGGAGUACAUGGUAGUACUACUGUGGCUGAAGUUUUUGGUCUACUGUCAAAGCCCUGACAAAAUAUUCUGCCUCUUCCACGAAGGAGCACCAGCUCCGGUUCAUCGCCCCACCCUCCGGCGACCAUGCUGCGAGGCCGCUCCAGAAACUAAUUGUAUUCAAGUAGCUCUUCUUCAGAAACUACUUGUUCGCUGAAGCAUAGCAUUAUUAAUGGUCAGUUCAUCAAUGGAUGAAUCAUGCCAGAUCUAUUUGAUUUGCAUAUAUCCCUGUAACGGCGGGUCAUCAGGUAUAAUGAAAGGCUUUUAUAAUGUUCAGUUCAACCGAUGAGAAAUUGUAAUCC